UUAAUCACUCCACAUAAUUGCAUAGAGAAUAGGAACAAUCCAUGGAUCAGGUAGCUCCAAUAAAACAUGAAGUUAUCUCGUUUGGCAUGGUUUUUUCCAGAUCCAAUGUGGAUCCUAAAUCUGUAGCCUUGGGAAACACCCUCAAAUGCCGCGAUGAGGCUCGGUUUUGGAUCGGAUGAUUCUGGAUCGGUCGGUGCCACAAACCAAAGACGCUAUAUAUGAGCGUCAGCAGCUCCUACACUCGAGCAUCCAACUCCCAACGAACUCCCUCAGGAUCAGCAGUGACACAUCAGACUCUCCCACACAGUCCACAGGCGCACCAACAAGCAGCUAGACCAGACAUGGCAAAGUUCGCUCUGGGGCACCACCGCGAGGCCGCCGAGGCCGGCUGCGUCCGCGCCGUGCUCGCCGAGCUCAUCCUCACCUUUCUCUUCGUCUUUGCCGGCGUCGGCUCCGCCAUGGCCACAGGCAAGCUGGCCGGCGGCGCGGACUCAAUCGUGGGCCUGACGGCUGUGGCGCUGGCGCACACGCUGGUUGUGGCGGUCAUGGUGUCCGCGGGGCUCCACGUCUCCGGCGGCCACAUCAACCCGGCCGUGACGCUCGGCCUCGCCGUCAGCGGCCGCAUCACCCUCUUCCGCUCCGCGCUCUACAUCCUCGCCCAGCUGGUCGGCUCCACCCUCGCCUGCCUCCUCCUCACCUUCGUCACUGGCGGCGUGUCGACGCCCGUGCACGCGCUGGCGGCGGGGGUGGGCGCGGCGCGCGGGGUGGUCUUGGAGGCGGUCCUCACCUUCUCGCUGCUCUUCACGGUGUACGCCACCGUCGUGGACCAGCGGCGCGCCGUGGGGUGCAUGGGCCCGCUGCUGGUGGGCCUGGUGGUCGGCGCCAACGUGCUGGCCGGCGGGCCCUUCUCCGGCGCGUCCAUGAACCCGGCGCGCUCGUUCGGACCGGCGCUCGCGGCCGGAAUCUGGGCCGAACACUGGGUGUACUGGGUCGGGCCUCUUAUAGGUGGGCCUCUAGCCGGUCUGGUCUACGAGGACCUGUUCAUGGGCCCGGCCGCCCACGAGCCGCUUCCCAGGGAUGACACCGACUUUUAAUUUAGGCAUUAAUUAAAUUAAUAAUUGCGUGUGUUUGUUCCUUGUGAAUAAAUUGUUAAAGGCCCAUUGCAUUCAUUGAGCCUUUCUUCACUUUACUAAGUUUAAUUUGGGCUCUUCUAUUUUAACACCAUUGGUAUCUCUUGCUCAAGAGAUGAUCGAGUCACACAAUAAUCUGUCUUAAGUGGCAAUGGGUCGGGCUGAGAUUGAGUAGAGCGAAAACGAACCUGAUCCGAUGGGGACCCAAAACCCAAUGAUGAUGCGGGCUGCUGGAUGUAGGAGAGGGGGAGGCGCCGCAUAGGAGCCACACAA